CGACGACACCACCAUCUAUCCUCGAAAAGUCAGUCGUCGCAUGGAUAUUGAUACAACACAGCAGAACUUUUCUUCUGUAAAUCUAGCAUCUUCCGAUCGUCAGUUGGCAUAUUCGCCGUGACCCUUUCGUUUACUAUGGUCAAGGCUAUACGUGGUGUGCUCGUCCAGGCGGACGAAUCAGUCAUGGCCAUCAUCAAGCAAAUCGACAAUGAGCGAAAAGGCUUCAUACUUCAAGAACUAGACAUGCAGACUUGUCUGAUCCAACCGGAUAAGAUAGAUGAGCUAGAGCGCCUUGUCAAAGCUCGGAUCAAGCAGCACCUACCCGACGUCGAUGAUGACGAUGAGGAAGAAUGAUUUACCCUUGAUUCAUACUUAGAUCUAUUUCCGCUACAGACGUUGGCCCUAUGAGGUUUCAUGUAUCUCAUCCCUCUACCUUGCUCUAUGCUCCCAUCUUGAGCAUGCCAUCAGAACCUGGAAUCUGAGGUACCCUACCUCUGCGCUCAGUCAGUAGCUCUCGGAAACAUGUGCGAACUCCUACCAUGCAACGCGACGCUCUGAAUAAUACUCAAUCUCUGGUUUCGCGUUGUCCAAUCCAUAUAAGUCGUCCAUCACUCCGGCUUUGAUAAUCUUCAGCCCGGGGAACCCCACGCCCUCACGCCAGAGCGUUGAACCGCAGUCGCCACAAAAAUAGCUGGUAAUCAUGUUUCCAUUUUCGCCAGUCGUGGAAAUUUGCUUUGGACUGCCGGAAACUGUAAAAUCAUUCUCCGCCACUAGGAUAUUUGUCGAGUAUGUGCUCCCGGAGAUCUUUCGGCAGUCGACGCAGUGGCACAAAGCCUGUGUGGCACGAAUGUUGGCUUUUUUGCUGGAAACAAAACUUGUCGUAUAGAAAGGGCGAGCACGAACCUUCCUUUUAGGCUCUCCUUGAUAGGAGAUGCGAACAUUUCCACAGAAACAACCGCCGGAAGGCAUGAUGAUUAGUCUCAAUAGCGAAUAUGAAGAGAACAAUUCGAUGAUUUUCC